AUGAAGUCCACAAUCGUUCAUCUUACCUCCCUUGUCUCCCUCGGACAAUGUCUCUCCUUGCCACCGUUGAUCCCCAGCAUCCCGGGUGUGACCGAGCCACUGAAUGACCUUUCGCCCCCUCUUCCUAUCUUACAAGUUCCGACACCUGCGUUGGACAGCCCCCCAUUCACCCCAAGUGAGAUCAAGCCCAAGAAGAUCGGUUACUUCUGGACUGGCUCGGGUGAUAAAGAGCAUAAGGAUUUCUUGGCUACGUACAGUCUGGAUGAUGACACAUUUGGCACUCUCAUCUGGAUAACCGAUGUCCCGUCUAGUGGCAACGAUCCCCACCAUUUAGGUCCUUCCCUUGAUGGAAAGACUCUUGUUGGAGGCGGACUUCUCUCUCUACUCAAGACCCAGGAUACCGCAUUCUACUUUGACACCUCCAACCCCUACCGCCCCAAGUUCAAGAAAAGUAACCGUGGCAUCCUAGCCUCGAUUGCCGAUGAGAUCCGUGCCAAACCCCAAGGCGGCUUCUACAUCACUUACAUGGGCUCUGCAGUAGGCACGUCACCCGGUCGUCUUAUUGAGACCGACGCCGAAUUCAACAUCAUCCAGGAGUGGCCGGAGGACGUCGAAGGGACCUUAAAUAUUCUAGAAGAGCAGUUCUCGCCCCACGGAUUAAGCAUUGACUGGAAGAGAAAGUUUAUUCUGACCUCCGACUUCGUCGAGCCGAUCAGUAUCCUCAAGCCGAGUACGGGGAUAAAGAGGGCGAAUACACUGCGUCUGUGGGAUUUAGAUUCGAAGAAGAUUUUGAACACGAUUACCAUUCCUGAUGGCGGCGGUAUCCAAGAUGUCAAGUUCAUCCCUGGCAACCCCGAUGGUGCCGCUCUGGCCACGGCAGUCCAUCUGGGCCAAGUAUGGAUCAUCUAUCCCGGACAGGCAGACGAGAACGGAAAGCCAGGACGCGCUGAGCUUCUAUACGAUCUAGGUCCUAAAGCGCGCGACACGGUGGCUAUCUACACCGACAUCACCCAAGAUGGUCGCUUCUUCUACCUUACCCUGACCACUGCAAACCACGUUGCAGCUCUCGAUAUCAGUGAUCUCAAUAACGUCAAGCGUCUGGAUGAUCCGGACGAGGAACAGCCCACUGUUGGCCCUCAUUAUGUCAAGGUCACGCCUGACCAGAAACACCUUGUCGUCACGGAUUACUUUGUCCAGACGGGCGAUAUCGGACUGAUAAAUACGCUUGCUGACUUCAAAGCUCUGUACAUUGAUUUAAAUGACGACGGAAGUCUGCAGUUCAAUCGGUCCAUCGACUUUAACAAGGAGUUUCCGGAACGUGGAGGAGGAAAGCCGCACUCGAGUGUGGUGUUUGAUCUGACCGAUCCGAAGAAUCCUUACUACUAUUAG